CUCCAUUCCUAUCCUAUGCUAUCCUAUUCCCGUCUUUCGGUGUCAAGCUUUGAGGCAAGAUGUCGCUCGUGAUUCCUGAGAAGUUCCAACACAUUCUUCGUGUCAUGGGCACGAACAUCGACGGCAACAGGAAAGUCAUGUUUGCUAUGACCGCGAUCAAAGGUGUUGGUCGGCGUUAUGCCAACAUAGUCUUGAAGAAGGCAGACAUUGAUUUGGACAAGCGAGCUGGAGAAUGCUCGGAAGAAGAAGUCGAAAAAAUUGUCACCAUUAUGGCUAACCCCAGGCAAUAUAAAAUUCCUGAUUGGUUCCUCAACAGACAGAAGGACAUCGUCGAUGGAAAGUACUCACAGCUCACGAGUGCCAACUUAGACUCUAAGCUCCGUGAGGACUUGGAAAGGAUGAAGAAAAUCCGUGCUCACAGAGGGCUGCGUCACUACUGGGGUCUCCGUGUACGUGGUCAGCACACCAAAACUACAGGCCGUCGUGGACGCACGGUCGGUGUGUCGAAAAAGAAGUAAACUUUUAUAUAUAUAUUAUGUAAUAUUAAUAAUAAAUCUUUAAACGGUAAA